CGCCUGUGAGUGUGUGUGUGUGUAACAUGCCUAUCUGAGAGUACAGCCUCUGAAUGUCAAUGAGGUCGCUUCCUGACACGUUGAAAAACGAAAGUCACAGAGAGAAACAGUCACGCAUGGUGAGUGUGAGAGACUGAGAGCAGCGCAGGAACGUCUCAGCAUGAGCCAGUGGAAGCAGAUCCAGCAGCUGGAGAUCGUACUCCUCGAACAUGUGGACUAUCUGUAUGAUGAUAACUUCCCCAUGGACAUCCGUCAGGGCCUGGCCAGCUGGAUCGAGUCUCAGGAUUGGGACACAGCAGCGAACGAUGAGUCCUUGGCGACGGUUCUGUUCACCAACCUGCUGUCCCAGCUGGAGAGAGUGCGCUCGCAGGAGCAGAACUUCCUCCAAAGGCACAACAUGAAGAUCAUACAACAACAGCUACAGGUGAAAUACACGACCCACCCAGCUGUCAUGGCCAGGGUUAUCUCCACCUGCCUCAGGGAGGAGCGUCGUAUCCUCUCCAGUGCCUGCAUGCAGGAACAGGGUCCACUGGAGAAGUCGUUACAGAAUUCUGUGGCCUUUGAGAGGCAGAAGAGCAUGGACAACAGAGUCGGGGUCAUCAGGGGCAGCGUGCAGUUGAUGGACCAGAUUGUGAAAUACAUUGAGGACGUGCAGGACGACUUUGAUUUCCGUUACAAGAGGCUACAGUCUCUGGAAUCGUCAGAUGGGAACUCUGAGAUGAUGAAACAGGAAGUAACCAGACUACAGGACAUGCUUAACAGGCUGGACUUCAAAAGGAAGGAGAUCCUGUCGAAGAUGGAUGUGGUGGUCAAGGAGAUUGACGACCUGAUGACCUCUCAGCUCAACCCUGAGCUGCAGGACUGGAAGCGCCGGCAGCAGAUCGCCGCCAUAGGUGGUCCCCUGCUCACUGGCCUGGACCAGCUGCAGAGUUGGUUCACCCUGACGGCCCAGAGUCUCUUCCAGAUCAAGCGUCAGCUGGACAAACUGGGGGAGCUGGUUGUGAAGGUCACGUAUGAGAGUGACCCCAUCCCGCUGCAAAAACCUCAGAUGGAGGACCGAGUUAAAUGCCUCAUCUAUCACCUCAUCAAGAGCUCCUUUGUGGUGGAGAAGCAGCCAUGCAUGCCCACACACCCACAGAAACCCCUCAUCAUCAAGACUGGAGUACAGUUCACCACCAAAGUCAGACUCCUGGUCAAACUCCCAGAAGUGGAUUAUCAGCUGAAAGUUAAAACAACAUUUGACAAGGACCUCCCCCCUGGAGUAAGUCGACAGUUUUUCAUCCCGACCAACAACACUAAGGUUAUGGACAUCGAGGACUACUCCAAUGGCUGCCUCUCGGUGGAGUUCAGACACCUGCAGUUGAAAGAGAAGAAAUAUAUCAAUGGCACAAAGGGGAGUGAGGGUCUGCUCUCUGUGACGGAGGAACUUCACUCUCUCAGUUUCGAGGCUUGCUUCACGCUGCAGGGCCUCACCAUUGACCUGGAGACGUGUUCCCUGCCUCUGGUGGUCAUCUCCAACGUGAGCCAGCUGCCCGGAGGCUGGGCCUCAGUCAUGUGGUAUAACCUUCUGACGAAUGAGCCCAGGAACUUAGCGUUCUUUGGAAACCCCCCUCGGGCCAGCUGGAGCCAGCUCUCUGAGGUCCUGAGCUGGCAGUUCUCCACCUUGGCCAGCCGGGGCCUCAACAAGGAGCAGCUCACCAUGCUGGGAGAAAAGCUCCUCGGUCAGCAUGUCUCCUGCAGUGACUAUCAAGUGUCCUGGUCCAAGUUCUCCAAGGAGAAUAAUCCAGGGAAGCCCUUCAGCUUCUGGAUGUGGCUGGACUCCAUCCUCGAGCUCAUCAAGAAACACUUGCUGCCAGUUUGGAAUGAGAACUACAUCAUGGGUUUUGUGAGUAAAGAGAUGGAGCGCACUCUGCUGAAGGACAGACAGCCGGGCACCUUCCUCCUGCGCUUCAGUGAGAGCCACCUCGGAGGAAUCACGUUUACCUGGGUGGAGCACAGUGACAAUGGAGAUGUGAAGUUCAACUCUGUGGAGCCAUACACUAAAAACCGACUUAGCGCUCUGCCGUUUGCCGACAUCAUACGGGACUAUAAAGUGAUCUCAGACGGGUUUGUCCCAGAGAACCCACUCAAGUUCCUCUACCCCGACAUCCCCAAAGACGAGGCCUUCGGUCGGCUUUACAACAGUCAGCCCAGCAAAGUCCAUCCAUACAUACCAUCCACCCUGAUCCCCAUCUCGGAAUUACGCUCUAAGGUCAACACCUCAUCAGCUCCCUGUCAGUCUCCUGAGCCCCCGAUGACCCCUGGAGAGUUCGACAUGCUCAACGAGCAACUGUGCUUCGACAUUGACUCCAUGAGUUCUCCAUAUUCCGAGUAAAGCGAGAGGACAUGCUCAUCGACUUCUGGAUUACCAUGAAACAGUUUGUUGUGUUCCAGGAUGUUUCUGUGGUGGAAUUGGAUUCAUUACAUGUGCUGUUGUAUGUUGUUGUUGUUGUUUUUUAACAUUCAUAAUUGUCAUUGUGGUUUUGCUGUAGAUUCGUAACAACCUGGUUUUUCAGUUUAUUAUAUUUUAACAAUUGAAUGAGUUUCUAUUAAGCCCUCUUUGUAAAUAAAUACAUUUGAAUGUA